AUGUCAGAUGAAACACACUUUACAAUAGAAGAAAUUGAGCCUAGGCGUGAUGCCCUUCGAGGUCUAGACACCCUGUUUCUUCAAGAUAAUGAAGCACUGGUACAGGCCUAUCGUGAUUUGGACUGGUCCAAUAUUCACUCGUUGACCCAAAUGGUGGAUACUAUAGAGCAAACAGUAGUGAAAUAUGGUGAUCCUAACGAUUCAAUUAAAUUGGCUUUGGAGACUAUUCUGUGGCAAAUAUUGCGCAAGUACCCUCUAUUAUUUGGAUUUUGGAAGAGAUUCACCACUAUUGAGUACCAGUUGUUUGGUCUCAAAAAAUCGAUUGCUGUUCUCGCCACUUCAGUGAAAUGGUUCCCAACUUCUCUGGAGUUAUGGUGUGACUAUUUAAAUGUGCUGUGCGUUAAUAACCCGAAUGAAAAGGACUUUAUUAGAAAAAACUUUCAAAUCGCCAAAGGCCUUAUUGGUAAGCAGUUUUUGUCACAUCCGUUUUGGGAUAAGUUUAUAGAGUUUGAAGUUGGACAAGAGAAUUGGGAUGACGUCCAAAAAAUAUACGAAUAUAUCAUUGAAAUUCCUCUUCAUCAGUAUGCAAGAUUUUUUACAGCUUACAAGAAGUUUCUAAAUGAAAAGAACCUGGAAACAACUAGAAAUAUUGAUAUAGUCUUGAAAAGGACACAAACAAUUGUGAAUGAGAUUUGGCAGUUUGAAUCAAAGAUCAAACAGCCGUUCUUUAACCUGGGCGAAGUUUUAAAUGGUGAUUUGGAAAAUUGGUCAAAAUAUCUGAAAUUUGUAAUUGACUCUUCGAAAUCCCUAGAUAAGGAAUUCAUUAUGUCAGUUUUUGACAGAUGUUUAAUUCCUUGUCUUUAUCAUGAAAAAGUAUGGAUAAUGUACAUUAACUGGUUGACAAAGGAAGAUGUACCUGACGAAGUAAUAGUGGACACUUAUCAAAGAGCCAGCACUUUUUUACCACUAGAUUUCAAAACUUUAAGAUAUGACUUUCUCAAGUUUUUGAAAAAAAAAUACAAAUCAAAUAAUAUCCUAUUCAAUAAGAUUUUUAAUGAAACAGUGUCGCGUUUUUUGAAGAUCUGGCCCAACGAUGUUUCACUUAUGACGGAGUAUAUAAGUAUGUGGAAAAGACAUUCUUUCAAAAAUUCCCUAGAUCAACCGCCUAAGGAAAUUUUAGAGAAACAAACUUCCUUCACUAAAAUUCUAGAGGCAUCAAUCACCAAUUAUAUGAAUAAUCAAAUUGACACCGAGGUAUAUUUACAGACUUUGAUAAACGAUAAAAACUUAAGUAUAGUAGUGGUGGAACUAAUAAAAACUACAUGGCUUGUACUCAAAAAUAAUAUGCAAACAAGGAAGUAUUUUAAUUUUUACCAAAAAAACUCUCUCAUUAAAGAUUCUGUGCCGUUUUGGUUAACUUACUACAAAUUUGAAAAGAGUAAUGUGAACUUCACCAAGCUGAAUAAAUUUAUUAGACAACUUGGCGUAGAAAUAUAUCUGCCAACUACAGUAAUGAAUGAUAUUUUAACAGACUACAGAACUUUCUAUUUGACGCAUUCAAAUAUCGUCAUGUAUGAAUCUUCCACGACAGAUUUGAAUGCUUUUGACCCUAUUUUAUAUCCUGAGAUGAAAAUUUCGAAUCCAAAAUAUGACCCAAUUGUGGAUAUCAAAGCAAAUUCAGAAAGGUAUAAAAGCACGGAAUGGAAAGAGGCUGGUCACAUCGGAAUAAUGGCGGAAAGACCGCAAAUAUCGAAUAGUAUAAUUGAGAGCAAUUCAGGAAAUUUGGUUCAAAGACCUUUAAAUUUGCCAAAUUUUAGGAACUUGGAGAAAAUUAAUCAGGUAAAGAUAAAUGAUUUAUACACUGGAGAAUUUCUCUCUAAAAGUAAAUGA